GCCCGACCCCCUGCUAGAGAGCCGAGGCGGAGAGCGGGAUUGGUGGUCCAGUCGUCCCCGGUCGCGGCCGUGCGCCCCGCCCGCCGCUGCGUCCCCACUAUGGCGGCGCCCAUGCAGCCCACCGCGUCGUGGGCGCCCGCCGGGGUCCCCCGCGGCUGCAGCCGCCGUCUGCACCGUCACCUGCGCCUUCCUGCCCCGCGUGGGGCUUGGCGCCGCCUUCCCCUGCCUCUCUCUGUGCUGCGGUCAUGUAGGAAUUUGUAAAUCAUGUGAAGAUGGGACUCUUGGUGUUUGUGCGCAAUCUGCUGCUAGCCCUCUGCCUCUUCCUUGUGCUGGGGUUCUUGUAUUACUCUGCGUGGAAACUGCACUUACUCCAGUGGGAGGACUCAAAUUCAGUGGUUCUUUCCUUUGACUCCGCUGGACAGACGCUAGGCUCAGAGUAUGAUCGGCUGGGCUUCCUCCUGAAGCUGGACUCAAAACUGCCUGCUGAAUUGGCCACCAAGUAUGCAAACUUCUCUGAGGGAGCGUGCAAGCCUGGCUAUGCUUCUGCCUUGAUGACCGCCAUCUUCCCCCGAUUCUCUAAGCCAGCACCCAUGUUCCUGGAUGACUCGUUCCGCAAGUGGGCUAGGAUCCGGGAGUUUGUGCCGCCUUUUGGAAUCAAAGGUCAAGACAAUCUGAUCAAAGCCAUCUUGUCAGUCACCAAAGAGUACCGCCUAACCCCUGCCCUGGACAGCCUCCGCUGCCGCCGCUGCAUCAUUGUGGGCAACGGAGGGGUCCUUGCCAACAAGUCCCUGGGGUCACGAAUUGAUGACUACGACAUUGUGGUCAGGCUGAACUCAGCUCCUGUGAAGGGCUUCGAGAAGGAUGUGGGCAGCAAAACCACUUUGCGCAUCACCUACCCCGAGGGCGCCAUGCAGCGGCCUGAACAGUACGAGCGUGACUCCCUCUUUGUUCUCGCUGGCUUCAAGUGGCAGGACUUCAAGUGGUUGAAGUACAUCGUCUACAAGGAGAGGGUGAGUGCAUCGGACGGCUUCUGGAAGUCAGUGGCCACCCGUGUGCCCAAGGAGCCCCCUGAAAUUCGCAUCCUCAACCCAUAUUUCAUCCAGGAGGCUGCCUUCACCCUCAUCGGGCUGCCCUUCAACAAUGGCCUCAUGGGCCGAGGGAACAUCCCAACCCUUGGCAGCGUGGCCGUGACCAUGGCGCUACAUGGCUGCGACGAGGUGGCCGUCGCUGGCUUUGGUUAUGACAUGAGCACCCCCAACGCACCCCUGCACUACUACGAGACUGUGCGCAUGGCUGCCAUCAAAGAGUCCUGGACGCACAACAUCCAGCGCGAGAAGGAGUUCCUGCGGAAGCUGGUGAAAGCGCGUGUCAUCACGGACCUAAGCAGUGGCAUCUGAGCGUGGCCACGGAGGCCCAGAACCCGCCAUGAGCAAGCAGCCUCUGCCGCCUCCCCCUGCACAGGAGUCGCCAGACCUAUGGAAGGACAGUGCCAAGAGCCCCCAGGGCCCAUGCAGCCUUGGUGGGGCAGCCGGAGCUGGGCCCGCUCCGAAGCCAGCCUCAGCCUCACUGGCAGCCUGGGUCCUUAAGGCCAGAGGCCAGGAGGUCACUGUCUGUACCUGGCAGGCCCAGCAUGCAGGAGGUGGGACACUGGGCAGCAGGGCUGCUGCCAGAAUCGCUUCUCCAAUCAGUGUUUGGUGUAUUAUCAUUUUUGUGAACUUGGGUGGGGGGAGGGGAGGGAUAAUUUAUUUUUAGACAAGGUUGGAGAUGUCCAAUUUGGUCCACUUGUUGUGCACAAAGAGGCACCCCCUCCCCAGAGGGCCCCUCAGGCAGUGGUACCACUAGGCUCCCUGUAGUGGGGAGGGAGGAAGUGCCAGGACCAGCCUGUACCCUGCUCCAGGCCGCCAGAGGUGAGCAGGAUCUUGUGCCAGGCCCCUCCAGCUCAUGAUUCUCUUUGGCCUUUCUUAUGGAGCAGACGUUGGGGGGGGGGGUUGGAAAAUGCUAACGUCCCCUGGGAGCCUCAGCAGCAGCCCCUGGGCUAAAGCAAAGAACUCUGGAGCAGAGUGGGCCAAGCCCCUCCCAGCCUUGUGGGGGAAUGGCUCCCCAUCUUGCCCUGGCUGCAGCUAAUCCAGAGGACAAUGCCCUGGGCCUGGGGCCCACAGCUGGUGAGACGUUCAGGUCUCGGCAGUGAGGCUACCCGUCCUUGGGUUCUGCCUUCUGCCUGGACCAGAGGGCUGGGAGGCACAAGGCUCCUCCCCGGGGCCGCGGCAGCCCAGGCAGCCCUCAUGGAAGCAAUAAAGCUCUUCCCUGAA